UUAUAUCUUGUCUGAUCCUAAAUGGCGACAAGAGUUUUCGAAACUUAUCUCCCACCCAGCGAUAAAAAUGGCGUCUUCAACCGUUCUCAACGUCGCCGGAGCUCUGCUUUCCGGAGAUUUUCGUUUACCAUCUUUGUCCUCUCAAAGACUCAGAAAGAGUUCUUCUUCUACUUCCAUGUUUCGCCUCAGCAAUGGAGAUCUAUCGGCACCAUAUACUUGCUCUUGGCGACUAUCCAGAGACAAAGCUCUAACGAACUCGAAGAGCUUUGCUGUUGGAAGAGAAGCUGAAGAUGGCUUCCUCUCGAAUGUAAGUGAAGACAGUGACGAGAUGUUCGACGACUUGUUCAACAAAUAUGGGAAGGUUGUUUACAAGAGCGACGAUCUCAAGUCUCCAACAGCUGAGGUUGAUGAUGACGCAGAGAGUUUAGCAUUUGCUGUUGAAAUGGCUAAAGUUGCGAGUGAGGUGAAAGCUGGAGACAUUAAGGUCCUCUUCGUGAAGCCUCUCGUCUACUGGACUCGGUUUUUCAUCAUAGCCACUGCGUUUUCCCGACCUCAAAUCGAUGCAAUCGGGUCCAGGAUGAGAGACAUGGCUGAGAAAAAGUACGGGAAGGUUGCUAAUGGAGAUGUGAAGCCAAAUGCAUGGACGUUGUUGGAUUUUGGAGAUGUGGUGAUCCAUUUAUUCUUACCUCCGCAAAGAACGUUCUAUAACUUGGAAGAUUUCUAUGGGAAUGCAAUGUCGGUUCCACUUCCUUUUGAAGAUGAGGCACCACCUCGAAGCUGAAAAUGAUGAUACUGUCUGCUCUAGAAGAAAAAAAAAGAAAAGGCAAAUAGUUCAUAAUGACCAAGAAGGAAGGAAGGCCUUGGAGUUUUCAUUUUGGUUGGUACAAGGCAUUGCUCUGGAUUGUGAGGGGGUUGAUGCCUUGAUGGAUUUGGCUGGCUAAGAUGGUCCAACAACACUCUUAGAGAUCUUGGACUUGUUUGUAAUCACAGCAACGAAAUGUCUGUAUUUUUAGACAAUUAGUUAGAAUAUUUUCAGUCUUAUCUUCAAAUGAAAUGAAUUCAAAUCUUGUAUUUAUGACAAAACCAUAUGAACAUGCUUCUUUGUGCAAA